UUCUAAGAACAAAUUACUUCACAUUGAAAGAGCAUUUAAAGAAAAACAAACUGCUUAGAGAGAGGGAGCAUGUGUGUGCGAGUGGGGAAGGAGUAGAGAGAGAGGGGGAGAGAGUCCCAAGGAGGCUCUUUGCUGUCAGCGCAGCGGGGCUCAUGAAUUGUGAGAUUAUGACCUAAGCUGAAAUCAAGGGUCAGACUCAACCAAGUGAGCCACCCAGGCAUCCCAGAAUGUUUUCUUUUUUCCUCUAAGACUUAGCUUAUAGAAGCUUUAUGGCCGUUGUUUUUUCCAAGUAUGUUAGGUUGGUGCUUAGUAAAUGCUGAUUUGAAUUGAGAUCCGUAAGUCACCAAAGCACACAGUGGUGAAAUAGUUGAGGAUUUUGAUGAUUAGUCAGCAUUUAGUAGGACCUUAAUAUAAAACUGUUUCAGAGGGAGCACUAUAAUGGGCAAUCCCUUACUGCAUAAGGAAUGAUGAUUUAGCUUACAGUAUAAACGGUUUGUGUACAGAAACACUAGAGAAAUGGUUUAGCAAAUAACAUAAGCUUGUGUAUUCAAAUCCUUGUAGGUACAAAGAACAGUGCUUAUCAUACAACUGGAAAGAAAGGCAAAGAAAAAGCUUUUAUAUUAGAUUGGGCACCUGAACAGAAACUGCAGUUUUGAUAUGAAGAUGGGAAGAGGAAGAACAAGCCGGAUCAGAAGACGGAAACUCUUCAGAAGUUCUGUAUCAAGAGGAGUGAAUGAGAGCUACAAGCCUGAAUUUAUAGAGCUUAAGAAGUGGCUGAAAGAUAGAAAGUUUGAAGAUACAAACUUAAUACCUGCUUGUUUUCCAGGUACAGGAAGAGGGCUGAUGAGCAAAACAUCCUUGCAGGAGGGACAGGUGAUUGUUUCGUUGCCUGAGAGUUGCCUGCUCACCACGGACACAGUGAUUAGAAGCUACUUAGGGGCGUACAUCGCUAAAUGGCGGCCUCCUCCAUCUCCUCUGCUGGCUCUGUGUACCUUUCUGGUUUCAGAAAAGCAUGCUGGGGACCAGUCCGUCUGGAAACCUUACCUACAGAUUUUACCAAAGGCCUACACCUGCCCCGUUUGUUUGGAGCCAGAAGUGGUGAAGCUUUUUCCCCAACCUUUGAGAGCAAAGGCCGAAGAGCAGAGAGCCCGUGUGCGAGAGUUCUUUUCUUCCUCCAGAGGCUUCUUCUCUUCCCUGCAGCCUCUGUUUUCCGAGGCCGUCGGGAGCAUCUUUAGCUACCGUGCCCUCCUGUGGGCCUGGUGCACGGUCAACACCAGGGCCGUGUAUGUGAAGCACAGGCGGAGGCGCGACUUUUCCGUGGAGCCAGACACCUGUGCGCUCGCCCCGUACCUGGAUCUGCUGAACCACAGCCCCCGUGUGCAGGUAGAAGCGGCAUUUAAUGAGGAAACUCGCUGUUAUGAAAUUAGAACAGCUUCAAGCUGUAGGAAGCAUGAAGAGGUGUUCAUCUGCUAUGGCCCUCAUGAUAAUCAGCGACUGCUCCUGGAGUAUGGAUUCGUUUCCAUCCAUAAUCCUCACGCUUGUGUUUACGUCUCCGAAGAUAUACUUGUUAAAUAUCUUCCAUCAACAGAUAAACAGAUGAACAAGAAGAUUUCCAUUUUAAAGGAUCAUGACUUUAUAGAAAAUUUGACAUUUGGAUGGGAUGGACCAUCUUGGAGGUUACUCACAGCGCUUAAGUUGUUAUGUCUGGAAGCUGAAGAAUUUACAUGCUGGAAAAAAGUACUUCUUGGAGAAAUCAUUUCAGAUACAAAUGAGAAGACAAGUUUGGACAUAGCCCAGAAAAUAUGCCAUUAUUUCAUAGAGGAGACCAAUGCAGUGCUUCAAAAGGUUUCUCAUAUGAAAGAUGAAGAAGUGGCUUCGAUAAACCAACUAACUUUGGUAGAAACAUUGUGGACAGAAGAGCUAAAGAUUCUGCAGGCCUCUGCUCUGAUUCUAAACAGUUUGCAAACACCUUUUAGAGAGAGUGCAAGCUGGGGAGGAGUAGAGAGAGAAGGAGACAGAGGAUCCGAAGCAGGGGCUCAAACCCACGAACUGUGAGAUCAUGACCUGAGCCCAAACCAAGAAUCGGAUGCUUAACUGACUGAGCCACCCAGGCGCCCCUUGUUUGCAUGUUCUAGUAGGCAACUUCAUCGACCUCAUUGGGCAGACUGGCGACAAGGAGCCAGGCAGCACCCAGGUGCGAGGAGAAAGAGGGCCUCCCCAGAGGUCCCUGUGGGCCAAGCCCUCUCCCUGUGGUUUUCAGUUUUACAGCUCCCUCCCUGUCACUGUGACUCCCACAUCCCACAAAAGGCGGAGGGGCGAGAAGGGGUGAGUGAUCCUGCAAGGCAGCCUUCUCCCAUUUCAGAGAAAAUCUGUCCUGGGGGUGGGGCCCUCCUUUUGAUCUCAAGGGUCCCUGUCUGGUUAUGCAGCUGUGGUGAUGGGCGUUUAGAAGCCUUCUGCUAGUGCCAGAAGAUAAGGCAAAAACCGAGACUGUGCAGGGUCUAUGUAGCAAUUAUUAGGACAGUAAAUAAUUCCCGUUCUCACUUUGCCCUUGUCACAAAGGGAGACUUCAAAGUGCUCAAGAUAAAAGGGAAUUCAGGAUGUCACUGACCCGGGGAGUGGGGGGAGGGUCAAGUCUAAGGGUGUGUUUGUCACAGGCAGCAUAGAUCUUUGCUUCUCGGGUCCUCCCAAGCCUCAGACAGUAAGGGUCGCAGCAGCCGUUUGAAGUCCCUGGGAACCACAUGUGCAGCGUUUUUAGAAACUUUAUUGAGGAAUAAUUAACAAAUACAUUUGUACAGACUUAAAGUGUACACGUGAUGAUUUGAUAUAUGUACACAUUACAGAACAAUCACCAAGAGCAAGAUAAUGAACACAUCCAUCAGCUGAUAGUCACCAGUUAACUUUGUUUUCUUUCUGUGGUGGGAAUGCUUAAGAUCUGCUCUCCGUGACUUUCAAGUAAACAAUACCAUAGCAUUAACUAGCCAACACGCUGUAUGUUAGUUCCUCUGCACUUACUGUUCCUAAUCUGAAAGAUUGUACUUUUGGAUGUAUGCCGCUCCCAUUUUCCCCUGGCCCUUGCAACCACCGUUCUAUUCUCUGUUUCUGUGAAACUGCCCC